AUGUUAGUGGUCCGUCAUUUUAUGUUGGGUGACAGCAAAUACGCAGUUCAUUCACAAGAGAAGGUCAGACGGUUUAAAGUUUCCAGGCCCCACGAUGUUCGUUUAAUGUCGGCGAAGAGAGAAUGCCGUUUACUCCUAGCCUUCCUAUCCCAUGUCCGUAUCCAUAUCCAUCCUCCUCCACAAAAGACCCUGUCCUCCUCUUUUGUCUUCCUCUCUGUUUCAAUUGCGGAUCAUAUGUUAUGUACUGGUCAUUCUGCGAGUUUCAUGGUAUUAGAUGAUGGGGUUUUCUUAGUUUUCCUAACCGGGGCCUGGGUUGGGUCUUUUACGGCUUCUUCAGUAGCAGAUGCUUCUAUUUUGUUGAUACUUGAUGAAAAUGUUAGGGAUUUUAGAUCACAAGUUGGUACGUGUUAUAUUUUGAUUCUUGGAGAUAGUAUGACUGAAAACUAUGCCAAUGCAAGUGCAAGCUCGAGCUCGAGUUUGAAUAGUAGUUUGCAGGAUACAGAGGAUGAUCACACCAUUGCCACAAUUUUGGCACAAGAAGAAAAUUUGAAAUAUGAUGGAAAACUAGGGAAGAGACUCUCUCAUUUGGAUUCAAUCCCGUAUUGUGGCAACUUAUACUUUGAUCUUUGUGGUGCUGGAAGUUAA